AUGACAAGGGACAAAGCAAUCAAACGUCGGCUAUGGGAAAGAGGAAACCACCAAAUUCCUCUCAAUUCCAAGGUUCAAGACACCAAGAAGGAGACCUACGAUGAAAUUUUUACAAAAUUUGCAACAAAAUCGCCCCAAAUGCCACUCAGUUUACUCACUGCAAGAGGAUUGAUUGUGGGUCAGGAAUUCAUACUGACGUGCCUGCUGCUUGCAAGUCAUCGAGUGGCACUGGACGAUGAAAACAAGUCUCCAGAGUAUCAACCAAUAUCGAACAUUCUGUCUACUUUUCAGCCGACGACGCAACCGUAUGUCUUGUUCGUUCCCUGGGUAUCCUUUCUUUUAACUACUGCCAUCUUUAGCCGAAUCUCGCCAGACAGCGCUUCGAUUACACAAAAAGAAAAGCUACAAACUCGAGGAGCAGACUCAUUAUUCAUGGCACUGUUUCUAAGGUUUCUAGCUGGCGUUCUACAAACGCUAACGGCGUCGUAUUCUUCGGAUACUGUUCAUGCUCUUGCAAUUGGGGGUCUUGUUCUCCACUUGCUGGCAUGUGAUUUUGACUACGCAAAUGGCCACACUGAAAGUAAUGGAGUCGACACCACGGGGCGUCCGCCAUUCAAAGGUGGUACACUUUCCCUGACGGCCGCUUUCUUCUCUACAAUUCUACUCGCGAGUAGAUUGGAGGAAAAUGUUUCUGUCUACAUUUUUGUCACCUAUUCCGUGAUUUUGUUUGCCCUCUAUCCUGCAGCUCGGCAUAGAGUUGCGAUUGCGACAAAGUCGAAGUAUAGAGCAGUUCCAUUUGCAAUGACUCUACAACUGGUGUUCAUGACAUUCCUACUGCUGAGUACCUAUGAAGCCAUCUUUGCUGGAGCUGUUUUUGUCACAUUAUGCCUCCUUGUUCCAGGUUGGGUUUACACCCUCCAAUCAUCAAAAACACAACUUCGUGGACCAUGGGAUAUUGCCCAUGUCUCAUGA